AUGGGCACCCAAAGGCCCUUGUACUCCCACAACCUGUUGGACAUCACCCCAGCCAGGACCAUCCUGGUGUACCGCAACGGAGACGAGUUCUACGUAGGCACGAAGUUUGUGAUCAAUCGAAAGCGUGUCCCCAACAUUGAAUCGUUGAUGACUCAGUUGGAUGAGAAGUUGGCAGUGCCUUUCGGUGUGAGGCGACUGUACACUCCCGGUCAAGGACACCAGAUCCUGGAGCUGGAGCAGCUGCAGCAAGGGGGCAAAUAUGUUGCAGCUGGGAGAGAGAGGUUCAGGAAACUGGAGUAA